AUGAGAAAAUAUCAGAAGACAUCGUAUCAGAACAGGAUUUGGAAGUAUCUGAAGAUGGUAAAAUAAGAAUACCUCCUUCUCAAUCAAAUCAAUUAAUAGAAUUUCAGAUUCCAUAUGACGGUAAUUGGGGAUCAGUUGAGCACAAGGUUAGAAUAUCGGUAGAAUACAAAAGUAAAGGAAAAACAAAAGCCUUUACAUCUGUUGAUACAGUAAAAGUUUGGUUGCCUAUUUCGGUUAAUGAACUUAAUAUUUUCAGAGAUGAUUGUCUUUUUUUAAAAAUGGAUAUCACAUUACAAGGGACGGUUCCAGUGAGAAUUUUGAAAACCGAUUUGGUUCCUUCAAAAGUUUAUGAGGUUGCCGACAAUCCAUCCUUAAGUUUACCAUCUUUGGUAG